CAACUCCUUCCAAGUCUACCUGUCCCCAGAACCCAUGGCUUCCUCUUCAUCUCUCACCCUUUACCAAACCCUCUUGGCUCGAUCCAUCUCUUCCCAAUCCUCUAAUUCGUCCACCGAUCGAGUUUCCUUGUCCAGCUUCUCUUCUCUCAGAUCAAUUUCUUCUCUUUCUUCUUCGUUUAACCCAACCAGCGCCGUAGCUCGCUUGCCUCGACGGGCGGGUUCUUCCGUUCGGGCUUCCGCCGUCGAGACCCUUGAUAAGGCCACUGAGAUCUCUUUGGUCGAGAAAUCAAUCAACACGAUCCGGUUCUUGGCCGUCGAUGCGGUGGAGAAAGCGAAUUCGGGUCACCCAGGUCUGCCUAUGGGUUGUGCUCCGAUGGGGCAUAUCCUCUAUGAUGAGGUCAUGAGAUACAACCCCAAGAACCCCAAAUGGUUCAACCGUGACCGUUUCGUGUUGUCCGCCGGCCAUGGAUGUAUGCUUCAGUACGCUCUGCUUCACUUAGCAGGAUAUGACAGCGUUGGGGAAGGAGAUUUAAAGGAGUUCCGUCAAUGGGGAAGCCGAACUCCAGGACACCCAGAGAACUUUGAGACCCUGGGAGUUGAAGUGACAACAGGUCCUCUUGGUCAGGGCAUUGCUAACGCUGUUGGUUUGGCCCUUGCGGAGAAGCAUUUGGCCGCCAGAUUUAACAAGCCUGACAAUGAGAUUGUUGACCAUUACACGUAUGCUAUUCUUGGCGAUGGUUGUCAAAUGGAAGGAGUUGCAAAUGAAGCAUGUUCACUAGCUGGACACUGGGGCCUGGGGAAGCUAAUAGCUUUCUAUGAUGACAACCACAUCUCCAUUGAUGGUGACACAGAGAUUGCGUUUACUGAGAGUGUUGAGACACGUUUUGAGGCACUUGGGUGGCAUGUUAUAUGGGUAAAGAAUGGAAACCAUGGCUAUGAUGAUAUUCGUGCUGCCAUUAAGGAAGCAAAAGCUGUCAAAGACAAGCCCACUUUGAUUAAGGUGACUACGACCAUUGGUUAUGGUUCUCCAAACAAGGCAAACUCCUACAGUGUGCAUGGAAGUGCACUGGGGGCCAAAGAAGUUGAUGCCACGAGGAAGAACCUUGGCUGGCCAUAUGAGCCUUUCCAUGUUCCUGAGGAUGUUAAAAAGCAUUGGAGUCGCCACAUUCCUGAGGGUUCUGCGCUUGAAGCUGAGUGGAAUGCUAAGUUCGCUGAAUAUGAGAAGAAAUACAAGGAAGACGCUGCAAUGCUGAAGUCUAUUAUUAGUGGGGAAUUGCCUGCCGAUUGGGAGAAAGCACUUCCGACAUACACUCCAGAGAGCCCAGCAGAUGCGACCAGAAAUCUGUCUCAGCAAAACCUUAAUGCCCUUGCAAAGGUUCUUCCUGGGCUGCUCGGUGGCAGUGCAGAUCUUGCCUCUUCCAACAUGACCUUGCUGAAAAUGUUUGGGAAUUUUCAGAAGGAUACCCCAGAAGAGCGUAAUGUUAGAUUUGGUGUUAGAGAACAUGGAAUGGGAGCAAUCUGCAACGGCAUUGCUCUUCACAGCCCUGGAUUGCUUCCUUAUUGUGCUACUUUCUUUGUUUUCACUGACUACAUGAGAGGCGCCAUAAGGCUUUCUGCAUUAUCCGGGGCUAGAGUAAUUCACGUUAUGACCCAUGAUUCAAUUGGACUUGGAGAGGAUGGCCCAACUCACCAGCCAGUAGAGCAUUUGGCAAGCUUCCGGGCAAUGCCAAAUAUUUUGAUGCUCCGUCCAGCUGAUGGUAAUGAAACUGCCGGAGCUUAUAAGGUUGCUGUUCUCAACAAGAACAGGCCUUCAAUUCUUGCCCUUUCUCGGCAAAAAUUGCCCCAGCUUCCAGGCACAUCUAUUGAAGGAGUUGAAAAGGGUGCAUACAUUAUUUCAGACAAUUCAUCAGGAAACAAGCCUGAUGUCAUUUUGAUUGGAACUGGUUCUGAAUUGGAAAUUGCAGCCAAAGCUGCUGAGGAUUUAAGGAAGGAAGGUAAGGCCGUUAGGGUUGUUUCAUUUGUUUGCUGGGAACUUUUUGACGAGCAGUCAGAUGCCUACAAGGAGGGCGUUCUUCCUGCUGCUGUAUCAGCUAGAGUUAGCAUUGAAGCAGGAACAACAUUUGGAUGGGAGAAGAUUCUUGGGAGCAAGGGAAAGGCAAUUGGAAUUGAUCGGUUCGGUGCAAGUGCUCCGGCAGGAACCCUAUAUAAAGAGUUCGGUCUCACCAAGGAAGCUGUUAUUGCUGCAGCCAAGGAAUUGUGUUAGAUGUCAUAUAAAAGUUCUUCUCUUUUUAGAACUUUUUUUUUUUUUUUCAACUAGUUCUGGCUUUCGUUUCUACGAUUAGGUAAUGAGUAGGGGAUCUGUUGAGAGCAGUCUCCUUUGUUUGAAUAAUGCAGCAUGAGAUCGUUGCUGCUUGCGAUUCAUGGUGAUGAUUGAAGGAGCGUCAUGGUGAAAGGAGAGUAGAAGUAUAUGAAUUUGACAAUUUGUAACAACUCUUUGACCAUUGAAUUUCGUGAUUGCGGUUAAAAUUUAAUGUUCAGAGUUUCCCAUUUGGCCAUUUCUAUCUGCUAUAUGGUAUUACUUAGUUUGGUUUGAGUA